GCAAACAACAAAUUUCGUGCCUUAGGUUUCUUUUGAUUGAAAAGAGAACUGAAAGUCAGUUUUAGUUGUAAUCAAAGUUAGACACUGGGUAUGGAGGUAAAGAAGAACGCGGAGGAGAUGCGUGUCUGUGGACAGUGCAACAAGCAGGUGGCGGAGGCUAACUUUGCACUACACGAAUCCCACUGUCAGCGGUUCCUGUGCUUGUGUCCGGACUGUGAUGAACCUGUCCCCAGAGAGCAACUGGACCAGCACCGUGUUGACCAGCACACACAGUCAGAUGAGUGUGAUGCAAGGCUACAGUGCUGUGAGUUUUGCCAGUUGGAGGUGCCCUGGAGCAGCCUUGCAGACCAUAGUCUGACAUGCGGCAGUCGGACGGAGCUCUGCGCUGACUGUGGGCGCUAUGUCACCCUCAGGGAUCAGCUAGAACAUGCUCUGGUCUGCCUCCAGGCAGACUCCACCCCUGAACUUACAAAGAAGGACACAUCUGUGCUGUGCAGGAGCUGCAUGAAGACUUUCACAUCUGAACACAUAGACCAACAUCAGCUGACCUGUGACCUCUAUCAAGAGGGGUCAGAGGUUGAGGACCAGGUCGACAUCCAGAAGGAAAGCCUCAGCUCUGGGCUGAGCAGCAGGCUGAAGUCCGCCUCCUUCUUUGGCCAAGGCCAAGUGGACGCUGGAGGGGACAGGGAAAAAGAUCAGAUCAGCACCUGUCCCCACUGCCACCUGGCCCUCCCUCUGGCCACUCUGAAAUGGCAUGAGGCUAAAUGUCAGAUAUACACCAGCUUGAAAUGAAGAAGAGAAGGGAAGACCGUUUAAAAAGAAUACGUCGACGACCCAGACAAUACAACUGAUUGUUAUUAAAGUAAAAGUUCUACCAGAAUUACCAGAAUUUACUAGUUCUAUUAAAUUGUUCUGAUGCAAUACAUACGUUUAUAACAUGAAUCUGUUCAUUCAAAACAAGUUUACAUAGGCAUCCAAGCUAUAAAUUAGUCAUGUCCAUUAAAAGUAUUUGCACAAUGACCACAUACAUUGUAGCUGCUCAUUGUUUUAUCAUAUAAUUAUACUAACAUUUGUAUUAAAAUAGAAAUAUAAAUACAUUUGAAUAGUGUUCAAAAGUUAGCUACUUUGUUGCUAUUUGUGUCAGGGCCCCUAUU